AUGGAGGAGAAGAUUACCAAGCUAAUGGAGAUGUUUCCACAGAGAGAGAGGCAUGAGCUGCUGGAGGUGAUUGAAAGCACAAGUACUCUGGAUGGAGCUGUAGCAUUGUGCCUGGUAAACUUUGGAGACAGAGGCAAAGAGGGAAAGUUGGUCCAAGUGAAGACCGAGAUCUUGUUCAGCCCAUCUGACUCUGAAGAGGAGCAUCAGGAGCCCAGCAUAGAGAAGCAGGAAGCUAUGUUGCGCAAGAUGCAGAGAAAACUCCCUGACUUGGAGAAGGAGGUGCUCAGGAGUGUGUUACAGGAACAUGACUGGGACUAUGGUAAUGCCAUAGGUUCACUACUCAUGUUUUCAUCCUCAGAUACUGAUUCUCCAGAAAACAAGAAAAAGAAACCCAAAGUGUUGAAUGAAAUCAAGCCUGUGAAAGAGGGCAGAGGUCAGGUGGAAGGAGAUGAGGGCAGGCGUAAACAAGAAAAGACCUCAAGUCUCUCGAGAUGGAUAUCAUCGGUCCCGAGCAGAUCUUCCAAAACAGAAACGCAGAAGCUACACAAUGACGUCAGCACAGUCAAGACUUCACUGGCUAAAAGUAAGACCAAAGCAGAGGUCAAACGGGAGAAAGAACCGAGUGAUUCCGAGAAUGAAGAUCCCAGCAGCGAGGUCGAAGAUUUAUCGGAAGACUUCGAUUCAGAAGAGGAAAUCGAUAACUUAGAUACCAGUAUCAGAGAUCAAAUUGUGCAGUUCCUCCAAGACGGGUCGUUGGAUGAGCUGACGCUCAUUUCUGGCUGUUCUCUCAAGAAGGCUCAGAAGAUUAUUUCACUGAGGCCCUUUAAGGCUUGGGAUGAUUUGAAAGAGCAGUUUGACAAGGAUAACGGCCUGUCCCUGGAGCUGGUGCAGGGCUGCAGAGUGGUGCUCAGACAGAGAGAGGUGGUGCUGAAACUGAUGGGAAAAUGUGAGACCAUUGCCAGAAAGAUGAUGAAGGAUGUGACACAGGUCAUAGAGAAAGGAAUGGGGUCCAUGAAACAGCCCAGUGUCCUCAAUAGCAGCUUCAAAUUACAACCCUAUCAGCUGAUUGGACUGAAAUGGCUCAUUCUCAUGUACCAGAAUAAUCUUAGUGGAAUCCUGGCCGAUGAGAUGGGUCUGGGAAAGACCAUCCAGGCCAUUGCGUUCCUGGCUCAUCUGUAUCAGAAGGGUGUUGACGGCCCCCAUCUCAUUACUGUGCCCUCUUCAACCCUGGAUAACUGGGUUAGGGAGCUAGGGCUUUGGUGCCCUGCUCUUAAAGUGCUUGUCUAUUAUGGUUCUGUGGAAGACCGCAGAUACCUGCGUCAUGAUAUCCUCAACAAAGAGGUGGAAUUCAACGUUAUAGUGACCACAUAUAACCUAGCAAUAGGAAAUGAGAGUGACCGUAGUCUUUUCCGCAAGCUUAAAUUGAAAUACGCGGUGUUUGACGAGGGUCACAUGCUUAAGAACAUGAACUCGCUACGCUACCGCCACCUGAUGGCCAUCAAUGCCGAACACAGAUUACUUUUGACUGGAACACCUCUUCAGAACAACCUGCUGGAACUCAUGUCUCUGCUCAACUUCAUCAUGCCAUCCAUGUUCUCCAGCAGCACCUCCCAGAUGGCCAAGAUGUUCUCCACGAAAUCCUCAGAGGAAGGGAGCAGUUUUCAUAAGGAUCGCAUCACCCAGGCCAAACUCAUCAUGAAGCCCUUCAUUCUCAGACGAGUGAAGAGCGAGGUGCUGAAACAUCUCCCUCCAAAGAAGGAGAAGAUUGAGAUGUGUGCUAUGAGUGAGAAGCAAGAACAGCUUUACACCAAGCUUUUCAACAAGCUCAGACGCUCGGCCAUUGGGGAGAGUAUGUAGAAAGAGCUUUGUAAUGUGAUGAUGCAGCUGAGGAAGAUGGCCAAUCACCCACUGUUACACCGGCAGUAUUAUACCACAGAGAAACUGGCCGCUAUGAGCCGUGCAAUGCUCAAGGAACCCACACAUUAUGAUGCAGACCCAGCUCUCAUCCAGGAGGACAUGGAGGUGAUGUCCGAUUUUGAGCUGCACACCCUCUGUCUGCAGUACUCCACCAUACAGAGUUUCAAGCUGGACAAAGAACUCCUGCUGGACUCCGGCAAGUUCCGCCUGCUCACCAAACUGCUGGCGAGUCUGAAAGACAAGGGAGACAGAGUGGUGCUCUUCAGUCAGUUUACCAUGAUGCUGGACAUUGUGGAAGUUCUGCUGAAGCACUUGGACCAUCGUUACGUUCGGCUGGAUGGGUCCACGCCAAUGGCAGAAAGGAUUGGCCUCAUCGACAAAUACAACACAAACCCAGAGAUCUUUGUUUUCCUUUUGUCAACACGCGCCGGUGGCCAAGGCAUUAACCUGGCCUCAGCUAACGUCGUCAUAUUGCACGACAUUGACUGUAACCCCUUCAAUGACAAGCAAGCGGAGGACCGAUGUCAUCGAAUGGGGCAGACCAGGACUGUUCAAGUAAUCAAACUCAUCAGUAAGGACACCAUAGAGGCCUGCAUGCUCCGAGUGGGGCAGGAAAAGCUCAAACUGGAACAGGAUAUGACUACUGACGAAGGUGAUGAGGGAACCAUGACUGAAGAUAUGGCAGAGUUGCUGAAGGUCUCACUGGGUUUGUGA